ACAGCAAAGAGCCCGUGGAGGAAGAGAGAGAGAGAGAAAGAAAGACGGAGAUGUCCGGGAGAUGAACUAAAGCAGACGACAGGCUUUAAAGGUGCUAACACCAGGAGACCGUUUGAGGGCCUAGCUUUGUGACCGGCUGACUGGCAGGACUUGUCUUAAUUAACUGCCUCUUACUGCCACCCGCACUUUACUUUGGUGACAGCGGCGAGCUAACUACAAACCUCGGGUGCAGCUUUUCUUGUUCCCACGACUGUGCAGCUGUGUAACUGGAAAAAGGACUUCACAGACAAGAUGGUGCGACCAAGCUUGGUGCCUUCUGCUGCCGUCAUGGUGUCUUUACUCCUCCUUACCUACACAGGAGUCUCACUAGCCAGGACACUGGGAUUUGACAAUGAGAACUUCGACAAUUCCUUCAACAAAAGAAACUCAUGGUGGAGUAAAAAGUCAGUGGACACAUCGUCAGACCUCACACCUGUUUUACCAGAUGCCAGUAUAGAGGCAGGAGACAUGGACGAAAAUCCAGAUGCUUACACAAAACUUUAUGGCUGCUACGUGGCUACGUGCGUCCCAGAGUUCAUCGCGUGCGCCCGAAGGUCACGCACGACGUCCACCUUCGAGAUGUGCAAACUGGAGCACCGCACAUGCGCCAUGCGCUGCUGGGAGCUGGCCAAUGACGACGCGGCCAAGUAAAGGGCGUUCACUCGCAACCACAACGGCCCUUGCUAAUCAACAUGGCGGCCUGGGCAGCACCAGAGACGCGGCGAUGUCGGUCUGAGGGACGACACUUCCUGUCGGACACGUUGUGGAGGCUGAAGACACGACGACUGCAGCUGAGUGAUUCCCACAUUCACGACCAGACGAAGAAAAAGACAAUUUUUGUGUUGACUAUUUUCUGUGUUAUCCAGGGCAUGACUGUUGUUCCUUUUCAAAAACUUUGGUAGACAGCAAUCACUUUUGAAUCUUGAAAUUUUCUGCUAAACACUUCUUAAGAUUUAUUUUAAUUUGCUUAUUAGGACGAAGAUGUUCAUACGGAUAUUGCUGUAACAAGAUGGCCACAAAACGUUUUUAGUUGGUCACAAAGUUUCUUUAUUACAGGCUAGUCCUUAUCUCCCUCGUGUUUUGCAAUAUGCGGCUACAUUAAUUUAUUUAGCAAACUACAAACACGUCUUGAAACUCGCUUUCAUCUAGAUGUUAAGAUAUAUUUUUGAUCGUAACAUUGCACCAAAAUAAACCCCUUUUCCUUGCAUUGCUCCUUGUGGUCGAGUGACAAACGUUGUCAAUGUGUUUCACACACAAACAUUUGACUUGUUAUUGUUGUCGACCUUUGCCCUGUCAUCGUACUGUAGCUGCUGUGGUUACACAGGGAGUUACACAGGGAGUACCGGUGUGACCCCGUGGACCUGGCCUACACUGAGGUGUUGUCUGUCUGUCUGUCACCAUCCCAUCAACCUAGUCCGUGCUCUGACCACAUUGCAAGAUGUUCAGGGUGGCUGAGUUCAGAUUGCGGGGUGUGAAUGGCUGGGUAGGCCUUUCAUUGCGCGCCACGUUUGUCACAUCAUCCGUUUCACUUCAUUCAUUUUGCAUCGUCGUCGUCUUCUUUUCUCCCCAUCAUUUUGUAUUUUUCUUGUCCUCCGUGUGUUUUUUAAUCUUUCCCUGUGGAUUUUCUUUCUUGCUUUCUCUCGUUUGGAUAAGGCAUCGGAGAAUGAAAGCUAGGCGCCAUGCCCUUGAUGUUCGUUCUAAUCAAAAGGCAUUUUCUUUGUACUUUCUUCCAUCUCCUACUUUCUGUCUGGCUGUCUGGCUUUGCUAUUCUUUGUACGUCGUUCGCUCUAUACUGAGCAUGCGCAAAAGAUGGUAAAGGCCAUACUCAGUAGGUCGUGUAAACUGUUCAGGUGUUCAGCCAGCGACAGAAGGUGAGUGGACUAACAGGGUAGCACCUGCAGUGUUUACCUGACAUACUGAGUGUGGCCUUAGUGAGUUGUACUCAGUCUGGUCCAAGUCUUUGUCUUUCCUCUUCUUUCUUCGUGCCUUCUUCAUCAGCACAUCUACCCUAAACUGUCUCUUGUCUUUAUAUUUUCCUCCUUCCUCCUCUUCACGUGCUACAUUCCCUCUCCCUUCUGUUAUAUUCCACUUCUCUCCUGUUUUCUGUUAUAUUUCAGUCUCUCGACUGUUCACUGAUCUUUAUCUUCUAUUAAAUGUUUGCUUGGAAACGCUGCACCCGCUACACGAGAGGCUCAGUAGGAGGAUAGGCUCAGUGGAGACAUACUGACCGCAAAGUAUUCCUAGCUAAACAUCAGUCUUAACUAUUAUGGUGUGCGUGUCACUUUGUUCAGGGAAAGUCCUUAGAAAAGUUCUACAUUACUCUGUUCAUUACGAAGAUGAUGACCUCUGACCUAUGUCAAGAACGAGGACACAGAGAGAGGACCAGCGAGUAAGACAUAAAAAUACCGGAGGUAGACGUGCUGGACGGCGUGGAUGAUGGCUGCCCUGCUCUUGAUCCUUGCUGAGACACUGGAGUGUUUCCCAAUAUGAUUCUCACCUGCUCGUGGGCACAAUUAUCUGACUGACACGUGACAAGAGUCGCAUCUUGCUGCGGGCACUGUUAGCAUGUUAGCAUGAGCCUCUUGUUGCUGCAAACUCUCGUAACUAGUCUCGUUAUGCAAAGUAGCCCUGCCUUUCAAACCGGGGCUUCGUCCACUUUUGCUGGCAUGAGUCUGGCAGCGACUUUUGUCUGUGAGACGGACUUCUUCUACGCAUGCGCGAAACAACCAAACGAGGCUGCCAGCGGAACAGCCCUUGGCUUCCGUUGUUUUGUCAUUCUGUGUAAAAUAAAAGCUCACAUUAAACUCAGACCCUAACCCUAAACACAAGCUCUCCACAUCCACAGAAGAAAAUAAACGAUCCAUCAAAAACACAAAAAAGACUUUACAAUGUUCGGAAUGGAAAUUACUAGCUUACCCACUACACUACAACAGCGCCGGGAAAAAUUUACCAGAAAAGCAAUUGAAAUACUGAAAUACUGAAUUGUCGUUGGAGACCAUACAAGAGUUUAAAACAGACGGUGUGGGCAUCCGUUGUAGAAGACAGUAAGAAAAAAAAAAAAAAACACCUUCGGCCCCUCUAAAUAUCUUUCGCUCUUUCCCUCUCUCUCUCGCUGUCUCUCAAACACACACACUUUCUUGUCUGCAGUUUCCUCUUCGUUCUUGCAGACCGCCCUCAAGCCCCAGAUCCUAUUCCCUUCCACGGUGCUUCAGCAGUUCCGUCUUCAAAACACGCUCAUAGACACACGGACUCAUCAACAAAAGCAGGACUCCGCCCUCCUCUCCACUCUCGUCACUCUUUGGUCUGUAGCCUACGUCACGUCCUCUGUAUUGUCGCUCCUGUGUCGGUCUCUUCUCUACUGUGACGUUCCUCCUGUCAUCAGUACCACCGUUCCUGUUCCUCGCUCUGUGACAUCACAUCGUAUUACAAACGUCCCCGUCACCCGAUCUCUCGUCUCCUCGGUGACGUUCGUCACGUUACAUGCCCUGUCCACGUCACACCGCCUCUUGUCUUUCUUGUUUAGCACACAUUCUUGAAGUUCCUAUUAGUAUUAGACUAAUCUUUCUUGUAUUCAUUGUAUGAUGUCGUAGCAUUGCUUUGUAGCCUUGUAACCUCGCUCUGUCUGUCAACUGACCAACAUUGUCCUUUGGUUAGUCACGCUUCAUUUGCUUCUCGAAGGUUUAUGUAUCUCAGGUACACAAUGUUUAGAAGGUAAACUCCGUGUUAAUUAAUUAAACAGACCCUGAGAUGUACGGACUUUCGUCUGUUUCCAAUGUCAAUGAUAUUUCUGAUGUUGAGAAGUACAUGGCACUCAUCAUGCUAGUCUAUCAUCAGUGCUAUUGUAGGUAGUAAUAUUGUUAUAUUAGCAAGUAUAUAUAUACACACACCUUCCCAUUUUCUUUCUGAUUCUUAGUCUUAAUGUUCGUCUCUAUUGUGUACUGUUAAUCGUAGUUGUGUAUAGAUUAGUUGUCACCGUUUACUAUCGUCGUUUACAAUUCUGUGACAAUACUUUGUUCGGUGACUAAGGUUUUCAUUGAACAUUUGUCGUGUAAUGUUUGACAUGAUGUAAACCGACAUUUGUUUUAACACAUUUCACAUCUGUGUUCCAAACAUGUGUCAGCAUCCACAGCUGUGUUGUUAAUAGUAAUAAUAAUAAUACCUGUAUAGCACAGAAUACCUGAGGGUGGCUAGGCUCUCCCCACUUUACAUUACCAGGCUAAUUAAUACGCAGUCUGUAGCAAGCAAUAUCCGGUUACCAGGCUAAUUAAUAAGGUAGUAAUCAAUCUGUAGAAAGCCAAUAUCCUAUUACCAGACUAAUUAACAAGGUAGUUAGCAGUCUGUAGUAAACAAUAUUAGUAUUACCAGGCUGAUGAGGGCAAAGAGCAAUACCUUAAAAAUCCAGCUUUCUGCCUCAAAGCUUACCCACGUGACUUCUAACAGUAAUGAGCCACAGCAAUGGAACGACAACGGUACCCGUGUUUCUACCCGUUUCACGUGUGCCCACCAUCAGCAGGUUUUUUGUCUUCGGUUGAAUCUCCACUUAAACUUCUGGAUUACAAGCCGCCAGCUUUUGCUCUCAUUUCACAUUUCUGAAAGUUUAGGAAAGAGGCUUUUUGUUGAUUUGAAUGUUUUUAUGCAUGGUUGUGCGUCAGCAAAUUAAGGUUAAUCGUGAUGUAGGUUUCCUUAACCUUUGACCUUUACGGAGGUAAGACACACGCCCACCCUCUCCCCCAAAGCAAGAGCAGGUGAUGUUUUGCUAAGACAGAAAAGUAAGGAUUAUUGCAGGAGGACGUUGUGCUUUGUCGCUAUCGUACCUGGCAGGUGAAGUCUGACGACUAAUGUCUCUGUGUCACGCUCCGUUGCGCCCUGACGUUGCUAUGUCCACGCUCCGGUACUUGCUUAUGGCGGUGGAUGAACACGACAGUAAUAAAAUACGAUAACUGAGA